AUGUCAAAUUUAAUGAUAAGUAUUGCUCUUUCUGGAGAUGCGUUUGUUGGGAAAACUUGUUUUUUCAAAAGAUUUUCUAGUGGUGAAUUUAACCCAAAUACUGCUUCUUCAAUUGGUUGUGAUGUAAUUUGUAAAAAAUUGAUUUUAGAUGGAAAACAAUAUAACGUCCAAUUAUGGGACACAGCAGGACAAGAAAUGUUUCGUUCAACAACUGCAACUUAUUUUAGAAAUCGUCAUUGUAUUUUAUUUAUGUUUGAUGUAACAAAUAGUGAAUCUUUUACACAUAUUGAGGAUUGGAUGAAAGUAUUUUAUGAGAUUCAAAACGAAGAUAAAAAGACAUUAUUAGUAUUAGUUGGCAAUAAAAAUGAUAUGAUUGCUGAAAGACAAGUAUCACCAGAAGAUGCAAAAGACUUUGCUAAAAGUCAUAACAUCAAUUAUUUUGAAUGUAGUGCAAAAGAAAAUAUAAACAUUGACAAUAUCAUUGAAUUUGUUAUUAGAGAAUUACGUCUGCAAAGGAUGUUAGUAGAAACCCUUCCAAAAGAAAUAGAAAAGAUUGAUGAACCAAUAAUACUUCAAAACAAUGAUUCACAUCAAAUAGCAGAACAACAAAAUGGUGGUGUGUGUUGUUAA